ACAUCAUUUUGGUGUAAUAUGAAUUGAUAAAUUAAAGUGUUGUGUAUACUACUUAUCGCUGUCAGUAAUAAGUGGUAUAUAAUGAUAAUUAGAAUUAGAAUGCCUGGCAGUAGAAGGUUGACAAGAUUGAAUCAAAGAGAAGGUGGAUUAGAUAAUAAUUGUUAUGGUAACAGAGGAAUGAUGAAACUUGAGGCAUUCGAUGAAAGAUUUGUAAAUGAAGUAUUGAAUGUGUGGUUUUCACAUUUUAUGGAAGAACUCUAUAACUUAGGGUUAAUAUAUAUUUGGUUGACCCUGACAUUGUGUUUCCGUUCAUUACGAAAGUUGUGGGUGAACACUGUUGAACAUUCUCAUACUAGAACGGAACGGCCAUCCAAUGUUUCCAGCUUUUCAAUGACGGUCUAGCUUAGAUUGACUUAUGAAUUCAACUUUGAAAAUAAAUCAAAAUGACGUUUGUUGUAUACAAAAUACAUAGAAUUGUAAUGAAA